AUGACUCAUUUCUAUCGCUUGGCUAAAUGGCUUGGCUUGGCCGCCAAGCCAAGGGCUGCCUUCCCAAUCCUCCACUUCUGCUAUAAUAUAGUCAAUGUUUCACGACUUGAAAGGCGAGGGAGGCGUGGCAGGGGCGGGACGCGUAGCGUGUGCGUACGCGGUUUUUGGCACAAGUUCAAUUUAAGCGCACCGACUAUUCAAAAAGAUCGGUCACCGCUAUUUUUUAAUUUUUUCUAUUUAUAUUUAAUGCACACAUGAAUAAAAAAAUCAAUGAAUAAUUUAAAAAAAGAAAUGAAAAAGAGCGAUAAACGAGAGCUCCAAAGGGUCGCUGGCGGUUGAAUUGAACUCGUGCCAAGAACCGCGUACGCACACGCUACGCGCCCCGCCCCUUGUCCCGCUUCCCUCGCCUUUCAAGUCGGGAAACAUUGACUAUAACUGCAGUUUUUUUAUUAUCUUCUUCUUCUUCUUUAAGUUUGUAGUCUUCACUCAAAUCAGGAAAAAUGAACGAUAAAAACAUCAGACAAUAAAUUGAUCAUUCAGUUUUUCGUCCCCUCUAUGGAAUAACUCUAACUGUUCGACAAUUUUUUUCUUUUAUUUUCAAUUAGGAAUUUUUUCCUUGAGUUCACAACACUGAAGCUGAAGUGAGGAGUUUUUUUAAAAAGUUAUUUUCAUAUUGAUAAAGAAUCUAUCAUAAAGUUUAUUGUAAAUAUUAACAAGGACAAAACGUUUUUGGACGACGCUACACGUAUGUUUUCCGUAAAGUGUAGUGUGUCGUGUGCAUGCACUGCGGCACCCUCGCACAUGCCGUGUUCAAAGUGAUUUUUGCGAAAUUCAAAGUCACUAAGAAUAACUGACGAGAUAAACGCGAGGUCGGUGGCGGUACAUUGACGAGCUCGCAAACAUCUCGCUUUUUUCUAGGCGCGACCUCGCAUUUAUCUUGCAUUUCGGAAAUUUUCAAAAUGCGAGAGAAAUGCGAGGUCGCGCCUAGAAAAGUGCGAGCUCACGCACGGGAAAAUGCGAGACCGGCGCGAGAAAAAAAAAGCGAGAUGUUUGCGAGCUCGUCAAUUUACCGCCAGCGUCUCGCGUUUAUCUCGGCAGUUAUUCUUAGUGGUCAUCUGAAUUUCAGUUAUAUUUUCAACUCUCUGGCGGCUAUUUUGAUAUUUGCGGAUUUUUUUUUGAACAUGUGCUCUGUGCUUGAAUUUUAAGUACAAUGACGUCACUCGAAAACGCUCUGUGGAUGGCUCGCUUUCUGAUUGGUUUAUCGCACCAUUAGGGGCGGAGCUUGAGGGAGAAGUUGAUAUUUAAAAUAUGAACAGACUACAGCAAUUGAAAUGACAAAAAUGAAUUUAUUUUAAGCUCAGACCUUUUCUCAUUUUCUUGUAGAGCUUAGAGGCAUAGGGGCAGUAGAAAAUGGGAUUUUAGGUGAAAGCAGUAUCUUGUAUAGUUUUUCUUUCCGAAUCGAAUGGUGUACUCAAAAAAAUUACAGAUGACUUUAGAAGAAAAAAGCGAUUUUACUUUUCCGCCUUUAAUUUUGAAAGAAGCUUUUGAUCGGCAUGCGGACAACUGUAUACAGUAGAUGUGCACGCGAUGUUGCGGACGUUCAUUAGACUCGCAUUUUGUGAGAAAUAACCGGCUAUCUGCUUCAAAUUAAGGGUUUCUACUCUGAAAAAAUUGAUUAAGAAAACAAAAAACACACACCGAUAAUAUAACACAAAAUAUCGCUAUCCGAAUCGAAACCUGUGUAAAAUCAUCAUUUUUCACCAGAUAAGCGUUUUUGCGAUCAAAGUUCGCAAAUUAUACAUGAAUAGAAAGCUUUUGUGACGAAAAGAACUUUGGUGGCAACAGAAAAAAUUGAAAAUUGAAAGAAACGAAGAAAAAAGCGAAAAUCCGGAAGAUGGCGAAGCCUGUUGUCCAUAGAGCAACUUUACUGCAAAGCGCCCUUUUCGCGGGAACCAGGCUUGUGCGAGGGCCGCCCCGUCAACCUCUCGGCCCCCCGGCCAUUACUCAAGCCCCCUCCCGUCCUGACGCACAAGCCUGGCGGAAACUCAAACUUUCUUUUCUCCGACUUUGAAUUAUUUUCUCUCCAAAACUAGGAAGUUCGGUACGUUUUCAAGUUUACCGUUCGAUUUGCAAUGAAAAGCUCUACAAAGUGCUGCUUUGAAUUGAAACACCGUUUUUUACUGCCCCUAUGCCUUUAAAGCUCUAUAAGAAAAAAAAAUCAUUCCAAAUGCGGCCGUCUCGAUCCGAUUCCAACUUUUCAGCAACAGCGAGUAUGAAGAACGGAUCAGAGGCAACUUUCAAAUCGCCUGGAUCACUAACGUUUGCACAGAUGCUGAGCCGAAAAUCGUCAAUUCGAAUGGCCAACUCUCGGUAGACCUCGAAAAGCUCUCAGUUUCAGCGGAAAAAAGAUGAUUUUCGUAGAUGACGUUCGAAAACGAUCAAGCGGAGCACUUGGGUAAUGGAUCGUUUCAAAUCGGCGAUUUCGGACCGAUUUCUGAUCCGGAUAAGUUGGCGAGGCCUGACCACAACGCUCAGAUCAAGGUAGCUUGAGUUGUCUCGAAUCAACUGGUGAAAUACGACGGGAACGGAAGAAUGGUUGACUUUUCAUUUUUGGAAACACGCAGCGACGGACUUUUUAACACUUGCAAAAACAUGGCAGCAAAAAAUCUUUCCACGGGGGAUCGAACCUAUGACCCUGAGAGCGAAACCCAGACGCGCAGGCGCUCCUUCUAACUGACCCUACUUAGGAACCUCAGAGUGGUCAUUAUAAGGGCAACCUUCGGGGUCCUUGAAGGGUCCCCUCUAGGGAUUACUUUAUCAGUUCCUAUAGGGGCACCUAAAUUUUGCAAAAGUGGUUCUUAUAAGAAACAUUCAAGUCGAUUAAUGUUAUGAAAUUUAUUAGAAGAAUAAUUUCCAUGCGGAAAGCUCAACAAAUUACCGUCGUGAUGAAGGAAAAAUAUCAAAAUUGAAUAAAAUGAUCGAGUUUGUUUUUUCAAUUUUCAAAUUGAACAAAAUUUCCUAUAGGGCCACCUAAGGCUUAAAGGGCUCGGGGGUCAGACUCUAAACCCCUAUAGGGUCCACUCUGAAAUGUCUAAAUAACAAGGCUUCACUGUUAUAGGUUGUGUACCACGACUUGGAAUUUCAGGGAACGACACUCCGCUGUUCCGCUGCGCGCCUUUGCGAACCUUGGCCGCGCUUUUAAUUUUUUUUUUCUUUCAUCAAGGUACUCUACUUUCCUGCGCUCCCACAGCAGUAAAAAUCAAUUGAAAGCGUGACCUAGAUUUGAAAGACGCUUCGCGAACGCACGCAGCGGAACACCGGAAUGUCGUUCCGUGGAAUUUCAAGUCGUGGCACACAGACUAUACCUUUCGAAUGUUCCUUGCACCAACUUCAUAUUCAAACCCCAAAUGAAAAUGUUUAUUAACUUUUUUUCCAGGUUCGAUUCGCUAACAGUUGUUGGGAAAUCGAAGACGUUCAGGUCAAUGCAGUCCCUAGUUUCGAAGUGAAAACAGACCCGGGAAGGAACAAAUAAUAGAAGAGACUUUAGGAAAGAGAGACGGUAAAGGACUAUUUGGAUAGGGAAUAUAGAAAAAAUGAGUUGAUCGAUAAUUUGGGCGGAUUCAAAGACGUGGAAGUUGGCGUGCAGCUUCUCCCAGCCGGCGCUUACAAGUCCAUCGAGGUAUUUUUUCUGUUUUUGAGUUCUCGAUGGUCUAGUGGAUGAGUAGUUUGGUUUAGAAAUGGCUUAUCAAGGCUCGAGUCCUGUUCUCGCCUUUUGUCUAUUUUAUAUUAAUUUUUUUUCUUUCUUGAUGAAAUAGAUGUAUAGUCCGUUCGCUGCGACUUGACAGUUUAUGCGUGUCUGCGUCUCUCUGUUCCCUCACCGCCGAGGUCAGAGAAAAAUGGAAAUAGCACGUGAACAUGAGAGGGGCGUCGAGAGAUAAGGAGGGCGCAGAGAAGACCCGUUCUUUCAAGUCACGAUAGACGGACUAUAAUCUAAUUUUUUUUUUAGAUUUUUACCCAUUUUUUGCAUUGCAGCUCGCAUGAUAGCUCUAUAAAACUUAAUGAAAAAAAAAUUUGUUAAGAAAAAGUUGGACAAAAUGUUAUUAAAAGCUGAUAUCAUAUGAUCUAUGGUUUUUUUUUUUCAAAAUGAACAACUGAAAACUAAUCUCGUUUUUAAAAAGAUCUACUUUUGAAGAGCUUUUUCGAUUCACUCAUGGUACGAGAAAUUCGGGGAGACACUAAUUUAAAACAAAAGUUUGCAGAUCACCAAAAAAAGAAACUCGAGAUGGCAAGUUCAAAGUGCAAAACUCUACGAGGUUAUCUUAAUCAAGAAAAAUAAACAACUAAAAUAAUUCAGAACACAACGAUGGAAAAUGGUCUUGUUGUUGGUGCAGAAAACAAUGAGAAAGGCAUAAAAUGGCACAUUUGGACGCCUGGCUGUGCUCCUGGAGUAGUGGGAAUUGUCAAGUACCUGGAUUCGAAAGUUGACGACGUCAAAAUUGGCAGUGAAGUGGAAAUUGUCGUUCAGUCAGUUAUUCUUUUUUUCGAUGCAAUGGGCCCAGGGUCUCAGGGGAAUUCGGGGAAGGCGUUAAAAAGGUAACCAGCAGGAGGUUGGAAGAAAAAUGGGAGCUGCAAAAGUUUCUUCAGAAGGGGGUUGGAAGGUAAAAAUGUUAAAGUUAUGAUCAGCCUGCGAGAAGCCCACCAGCAGGCUUUUGGAAGCUGUAUAGAAGGCGUAAGCUUCCAAAUACCUUCACAGUAGCCUUCCCAGGAUUCACCUGAGCAUGUAGUGUAGAAGCGCGGAAGCCGCCUAAAGUCGGCUGCACAGUCGCAACGUUUUAGUCCAUUUAGUAGCCCAUUCAUUUUACGAAUAGAACCCAUUUCAAUGGAAAUUUUCAGAAAAAGUGAGUUUGGAAAAAGAAAAUCGUCUAACUUCGUCAUCGCCUGGAUCACUCGCUACCGAAGUUACAAUCAGUAUUUUGGGACAAAUCAAGAAAUUACGGUAGCUUUUUCAUAGAUUCCUAACAGUAAUAGUGUACUUUUGAUAGCUUGAAAUUAUCAAAAAUGAGAGCUUUUAUAGUCGAUGUUCCACAAGUUGAAAUUUCAUGGAACGACAUUCCGCUGUUUCGAUUUGUGCGGUAGCGCGCAUCGUGCGAAUUUGCCAACCUCGGCCACGCAUUUUUUUGGUUUUAAUUCUAAUUUUGACCGUUUUUUAAUUGUUUUAUUUCUUUAAAAUGUAUUAUUAUCGUUAAAAAGGAUUGCGUUGUACAAAUGUAAACGAAAGAACAAAGUAAAUUUCAUGAUUUUCUUCGAAAAGAGCGAUAAAAAGUGUGUUUUUGUUAAAGCCAUGUUUUAAUGUUUUCAUCGUUUUUUUUUCUGUUUGUUGCAGUGGUUAAUGGAUUUUUUCAUAAAGAGAGUGGCUUAUAAAAUGAAGAUUAAAACCAAAAAAAUUAGCGUGGCCGAGGUUGGCAACUUCGCAUGAUGCGCGCUACCGCACAAAUCGAAACAGCGGAGUGUCGUUCCAUGAAACUUCAACUUGUGGCACAUCGAAUAUAGACGUGUUUUCUUUCCUAACCUAGCACUUUUAAAGACUCAAAUCCUAAGUUUCACGGGUUGGGUCAUUCCAAAUGCGGCCAACAGUACAAUCUUCUCCAAACCGAAACUUCAGAUUCGAAAGCAGAAAAUCUCGUCAAUCGAUGGAACUCGUGACAAAAAUUAUGAAAUUGAGGGUCAUUGGCCGGUUUCCGAUCCGAAUAAUUUAGUUAGACAAACCGGAAUAGAAUAUAGUUUGAUCAAGGUUCUUUUUUGGUGAUCGAACAAAAUAUUAUCAUUCUUUUAUAGAUAAAAUAUAUCAGUGGCUCGGCUCAAAUCACACGAGCAAUGGUGAAUGAAGUGAGCUGGAGGACCUCAAUUUCCGGUCUGAUUUUGGAGUUUCAGGUCGAUGAACAACUACAAGAAGCGCUGGCAAAGCUGAUGCGCAGCGAAAUGAUCUGCUCAGUGUGUGUUGCCGACGACAAUGGUCUUGAAGAAGCAAGGAAUAUCCUCUGCGGCUAUAUUGGCAUUGCCGAAAAUGUUUUCGACUCUUAA